AUGUUCACUUCCAAAACAGACCGGCCCUCAGAGGCGACCAUUUCAAGCAAAUUACGCGACAUUGUCAUCGCGAUACACAAAUCCGGAAAGAGCGAUGAUCUAACCGUGAAGCGUGUUCGGGCACGCGCUGAGCAGGAGCUAGGCCUAGACGAGGGCUUCCUCAAGACGGACUCGACUUGGAAGGACAAGUCACAGAAAACAAUCAAAGAUGCAGUGGAGAAGUUCUGCGCCGAUGAGCCUUCACCAGAGCCUACUCCCAAGAAGGCCGCCCCGAAACCCAAAGCAAAACCCGCAGAGAAGAAGACGAAAGCCACGACAGAGAACGCUCGAGGUGUCAAGCGGAAGGCUGCUGCACCUGCCAAGAAGCCCAAAAAGCGUGCGAAGACAGAGUCAGAAGAGUCGGAAGCUGAGCUCUCAGAACCACCCGCCGAGAUAUCCGACGCCGAGAGCGAACCACCUAAGAAGCCAAUACGACGGGGGAAGAAGGUCGUGACAGAAGACUCGGACGAGGAGGAUGCGCCGAAGCCAACAUCCAGACCCAGCACCAUAGCUGAAGAUGAGAGCGAUGUCGAACCCGAACCAGCGAAGAGGGCAGACACAAAGGGCGAUGUAUCUGAAAGUGAGCUAUCCAGCGUCAUAGAUGAGGAGCCUAAGAAGAAGAAAAGAGCUCCUGCAGCCAAGGGCAAGAAAGACAAGGCCCCAGCAAAACCAAAAGCAGCGCCCAAACCAAAGGCCGAAGACGACCCCGAUACUGCCGAAGUCAAGCGGCUUCAAGGCUGGCUCGUGAAGUGUGGCAUACGCAAGGUGUGGUCGCGAGACCCUGAACUUUCCCAAUGCGACACCUCAAAAGACAAGAUUCGCGUACUGAAGGGCUGGCUGAAAGAUGUGGGCAUGGACGGAAAGUACUCUGUUGAAAAGGCAGCCAAGAUCAAGGAACAGAGGGAGUUUGCAAAGGAUCUCGAGGCUAUCAAGGAGGGCGAGGCAGCAUGGGGGAAGACAAGUGAGGUCACAGCUACGGGUCGGCCAAGCCGAAGGGCAGCAGCCAAACCUGUGCCACAGCAGAAGGUUGUGCUCGAAGAUGACAGCGAAGAAGAAGGCGGUGGUGAUGACAACAACAACAACGACGACGAUGACGACGAUGACGACGACGUUCAAGGCGACUCUGAAGACGACGAUGAUGGUGACAAGAGCGGCGACGACAGCGGAGAUGACGAAUCCGAAUAA